AUGGAAGAAGAUGCCAAGGAUGAUGAAGAGGAUGAAGAAGACGGGGAAGCGGACGAAGACAAUGAGGAUGAGAAUACUUUCAGUUUCAAAGAUGGGGUUAAUCCUUUGGAAUUUGUGGAAGACGAUGCUUUUGGUGACCAAGUUAAUGAGCAGUUUGUGGGCAUGGAUUAUGAGGCUCUAGUUGAAAGAAAGAGAAAAGCACUUGAGGAUAGUCGGCCUGAAGGUUCUGUUAAGAAGGCCAGGCAUGAGGAUGUUACUGGAGCAAGCAUGGAGGAAAUAAUGGAGGCCAUGAAUUAUGGUAUGCAAUGGAGAAUAAGGAAGCCCAAGAAAAAAGGUAGACGGAAAGGAUCAAAGAAGAAACUUACUCCUGAUAUUACUCGAAGGCUUGGUGAAGCUACUCUUCACUACGUACAUGGACAUUAUGAAGAGGCCAUACCCUUCUUGGCAGAAAUUGUUAAGCUGGCACCAGAUUUGCCCGAGACGUAUCAUACACUUGGACUUGGCCAUGAUAAUCUUGGUAAUGAAUUGAAAGCCUUGAAUUGCUUCACAAUUGCUGCACUUUUAGCACCAAAAAAUCCAGCUCUUUGGGAACUGCUCUUUGGCUGGUUCAAUAGACGAGGCAACACUCAUAAAGCCAUUUAUUGCCUUUCAAGAGCAAUAUCAGCAGAUCCUAAAAAUAUUGAUCUGAAAUUGGGUCGUGCGUCACUCUAUGUUAAUUAA